AUGCAGGAAAAAUCACAUGAAAAAGAUGUAACUGAAGAGGUUCUGAAAAUCCAUAAAGCAAUAGAAGCACUGGGUAAGUCAGUUGCUAUGCUUCAGAAGCAGCUCUCUGUUAGACACAGCUAUCAAAAGAUUGUGGGUGUCUCAACAACAAAUACUUCAACAGGAGGGAACCAAAUGUCGAAAGUUUUUAUGGUGAUUGGUGUCAAUACUGCAUUUAGCAGUAGACAACGUCGUGAUUCGCUUAGAGAGACUUGGAUACCUCAGGGGGAAAAGCUUGAAAAACUGGAAAAAGAGAAGGGAAUUGUCGUCAAGUUCAUGAUCGGACACAGUGCGACACCACAUAGUAUAUUGGAUAAGGAAAUUGAUUCAGAAGAUGCUCAGUACAAAGAUUUUUUUAGGCUGGAUCAUGUUGAAGGAUAUUAUAAUUUGUCUGCCAAAACCAAAACCUUCUUUUCCAGUGCGGUUGCAACGUGGGAUGCUGAGUUUUACGUUAAGAUUGAUGAUGAUGUUCAUGUCAACCUUGGUAUGCUUGGUUCCACAUUAGCUCUUCACCGUCAUAAGCCGAGGGUUUACAUUGGAUGUAUGAAGUCCGGACCUGUUCUUACUAAAAAGACAGCCAAGUAUCGUGAACCCGAGUUUUGGAAAUUUGGAGAGGAAGGUAACAGAUAUUUUCGACAUGCUACAGGACAAAUCUAUGCCAUCUCAAAGGAUCUUGCUACAUACAUAUCUAACAAUCAGCCAAUUUUGCACAAGUAUGCAAAUGAAGAUGUGACGCUGGGGUCAUGGUUCAUCGGGCUUGAGGUUGAGCAUAUCGAUGAUGGUAAUUUCUGUUGUAGUACUCCAGAUUGUGAAAUGAAGGCGGAUGCUGGAGAAGUGUGUGUGGCGUCAUUUGAUUGGACGUGCAGUGGGGUAUGCAAAUCAGUCAAUAGAAUGUGGAUGGUUCAUAUGAUCUGUGGUGAAGAUGAUAAAGCUGUGUGGGAUGUAAAUUAUGACUCUCUUAGAUAG